CACAAAUUUUACUACUCGUUUGUACCAUAGUCUUGUCGAUCAUCUGUAAUCGAACUUAGAGAACUGUUAUAUUUUAAAACGUGAUACUUAUAACAAUCAGAAGUCUCGUUGCUUUCUUUUUAGACCUUAAUGCAAACAUUUCUUAACCACUGAGAUUCGUAAUUUUGAACGCUUAAAAUGCUGUGCAUUUUAUGAUUGCUGUUCUUAUCCAGCAGAACAGAGGUUUCGAUACCGGAUGAUUCUGAUACCCACACCGUUUCUUUCAAUCUGUUUGGUUGACUUUGUUUUUAUAGAGAUAAAUAAUUAUGUCUGAGCCACAACCAGAAUUUAAAAUUGCAAUUGUAUGCUCUAGUAACCAGAAUCGGAGCAUGGAAGCCCAUAGUUUUCUUGGGAAGAAAGGUUUUCGCGUACAGUCAUUUGGAACUGGCAAUCAGGUGAAACUACCAGGCCCAUCGCCAGACAAGCCAAAUAUCUAUGACUUCAAUGUGACAUAUGAUGAGAUGUACAAAGAUCUGAUGAGAAAAGAUCCUGAUCUCUACACACAGAAUGGUAUUCUACACAUGCUUGACCGCAACCGAAGAAUCAAGCCAAGACCAGAACGGUUUCAAGCUAGCAAGGAGAAGUUUGAUAUCGUCAUCACCUGCGAGGAGAGGGUGUACGACCAGGUUAUUGAAGAUAUAGAGAGUCGAGAGAAAAGUAUGGAUCACGUCAUGCACCUCAUCAACAUUGACAUUCAGGACAACCACGAAGAGGCCACCAUUGGAGCCUUCAUGAUCUGCGAACUUGUGACUAUGCUGUACGCCUCCGACGAUCUCGACAACGAAGUGGACGAAAUUCUUCAGGAUUUUGAGCACAAAAUCAACAGACCGAUCUUACACACGGCUCUUUUCUACUGAUAGUACCAAAUAGUCUUCCGGAGCGGAGGGACACAUACACAAAUCAUUUAUCCAAUGUGCAUGGUGACACAAGUGGGAAAAUGUGAAAAAGAAAGAAAUGUGGUGGUCAGAAUCAUAUUGUGCACAAUUUGGCUUGAUUUCAUACCUUCUUUGGGUAGUUAUUUCACUUAGAGAGUGGAAAUAAGGCAAGUGUGUGUAAAAAUAAAAAUCAGGAGACGGAAUAACAAGAUUCUUUCAAAACAAUGAAUGAGCUCAGUUCAGCGACAUAUCGAUAUGACGUGUAUGUCCUGCAAUUGGUUGUAAAUAAUCUGGUAAUUUAGUACUUUGAGUGGAAAGUUUCCGUGAUCGAAAGAUAAGAUAAACUAUGUUGAAUUUUUU